UGAUUUCGACAGCUUGCCGCCUCGGGGCCGAGCAGAGCAGUGCGGGGGCGAGAAAUGGCCGCCUCUGAGCUGGAUGAGCUGAAAAGGCAGCUCGAGUCGCUCCAGCGGUCACAUGACGCCCUCCUGAACAGCCUGUCCGCGACCAAUGACAUCUUCAGGCCGUCCGAAGCUUCACAGCUCCGCCGCGCCUCUACCCGGCAAGGCGUCGAUGCCAUCUUUGCCGACACGUCGACCCUCUCCGACGACAGCGACAAUGAGGAAGACGACUUUUACGUCCAGAGCGAGCUGCCCUCGCGUUCCUUUGACCAUGAGCAUCUGCGCGACCAUCUCAAGAACCAUUCCUGGACCGCGCACGGAAGAGAGAUCCUGUCGACCAUCCUCGCGGACCCCGUCAAGCUCUCCAAACAGCCCCACUUGUUCCAUAUGGGAUCGGGCCCGACAGACGACCGGAGCCAUUACUCGCACUUCCAGGUCUACAAUGUUGGUCCCAACGGCGUGCCCAAGCUAGUCGAGGCUACCAGUCCCGACAAUGACAUGUCCAACGCUACCCAGAUAUGGGCAUCGCUGAGGGACAUUUGCAAAGAAAAGGAUGAGGUGGUAGCCGGCCGCAUCACCAUUGCCCGCGAGCCUUCGCCCAUUUUGUUCGGCGCCCUGCAUCUGACGCUGCAUGACGCAUUCGACAUGGAUGAGCUUUUCGAGCACUUGGUCGAGACCGAGGCCAGCUCGGCACACAUGUUCCGGUCCUUUGACGAGGACCCCAAGCACCGAAGGUCUUUCUUCUUCAACUUUGAGUACUAUACCAUCAUCGGCGACGAGUGUAAGCCAAUGCAAUGGCAGCUCGCUGACAAGGGCUCUAACGGUACCAACCACCACGUGCCCUUGGCGCGAUGUAGCGCUGUUGUUGCACUAGUCCUUUAUGACGAGAAUCCCCGCCGCGUCCGCAAUAGGGGAAGACGUGCUAGGACUCAAUUUGGCUGGGUGCACGAUGUUUGGAGUCCUUGGCAGGUGCUCCAGCUCGAAUGCUUCCCUGACUGGAAAUCAGCACCAGCAAACGGAACGCCCUAUACCUUUGAGACUGGCCACAAAUUCCUCAAUGGCGCAGAGGCUUUCCUGCAUGCUCUUUUGACAGAGUACCGAGACGCCCGCAAAAGAUACGACGAGAUCUACCUCAAAAUAACAAAACUUGUCACCCCACCCCUUGACUUUCUCUUCGACGAGGAAAUGCGGAAAGCUCGUCUAUUCGAGGACAAGGAGAUGACUUUUACGAGACGCUAUUUCUACGCCCACCAGACGCUGGGCAAUGUCAAUGACAGCAUCAAGUCUAUGAUUGACGCUUUUGAAGAUACUUUUACCGAUGAUAUCUGGGACGGCACGAACAAGACACUGUGGCCACUAUUCGAAGAGUCGCUGCGAAACGAACAUUGGAAGCGCCGGCUACGCGUGUUGAGGAUGCAGUUUGAGCGGGAAAUGAAAGAGCUUCGCACCAUCAUCGCCGAGAACAACGAAAGACGACAUGAAAUUGAGACGCUACAGGACCAGCUGUUCUCGGGCACCAGCAUCCAAGAAUCGAGAAAGUCUGUCGAGUUAGCAGACAUCACGGUGCACCAAGGCUACAACAUCAAAGUACUUACCAUUGUCAACCUCUUCUUCAUGCCUCUCACGUUCGUGACAUCCGUCUACGGCAUGAGCAACAUGAACCAACAAGCGGGUUUCACCAGCUUCAUGAUUACCACUCUCUGCGUGUGCAUUCCCUUCUUCGCCUUUGUCGGCUUCAUCAAUUCGCGCUGGGGCUACGAGAUGUGGAUGAAGAAGACGCGGGCACUAUGGCGCUGGCUGCGCCCGAAAAAGAAAGACAAGCAGAAACUGCACGACGACGACAGCGACGGCAUCGAGCCGCCCCCCGGUCGCGUCAAUCGCACCCUAUCCACCGAGGAAGCCAUGCGCGCGAGAAUCGGCAGAGCAAAUAUGCCCCCAAGAAGACGCUCCACGCAGGUUCCGGCCCCCAGCCACCCGCACAUUCAGCAGAUGCUGGCAAAGACCAAGGAACGACGACAGAGCGGCUUGUCGCGCAUGAAAACGCUGCCUGAUGAAGAAACUUUGGAUGGCGAAAAGGAAAUGCGUGCGAUGAGGGGUGGUGAUGCUGUUAUUGAAAUCAGGGAACCAUAAAUGGCUUGCCAUGGGCUUGAUGGAUUUUCUUUUUCUUCCUUAUAUAUUAGACAUGAUUGUAAACGUGUUCACGCAUGACGACAACGAUGAUGAUGAUGAUGAGAAUGAUUCAAUUAUUUAUCCUAGAUACUAUGUAUACCGAGUUGGUUAUAUAGAGAAAUAUUCUUUCUA